AUGUUCUUAUUUGCCUUCAUCAUGUUCCUCCUCUUCUCUCUCUCCGCUGCUGCUACUACGCCAAUUGCCAAAAGGUCUACCCAUUCCGCUUCGUCUCACCGUGCCAUCGUCUUCGUUCUCAUCUUCGUUGCGACUCUUGUCAUCCUCGCCCUCCUCGCCUUCGUUGUCUAUCGCGUCUUUAUCAAAGGUCGCCAGUGCGAAGACCCGACCCCGAGGUUCAUUCCUUGGAGGCUCCUCCUGCGUAUUGAUACGUCAAGCAAUCAAUCAUCCGACCUCGAGAAGGGCGCAAAAGGACUGAAAGUGCCCAUCGGUCCAAUAUCGUCACCUGUUCUCCUCUUCGGCACAGGUUCAAUGGUCCUGGAUCCAGGUGCAAUCCGCGAGGCAAAUUAUAUGGAAGGAGUUGGCGUUACGGAUGCGCGUCCUGUUUCGAAAAAACAUGGUGCCAUUGUCACUCAGGGCAGUCAAAAUAGCGAAUAUGCCGAUCAACCAAUAAAUCAUCCCUUAGGCCCCGUGAAACAUGACAUAUUCGUGAUCAAUAACGAAAAAGGUCUCAAUGGAGAAGGCCUGACGGAAAAGGAUAUUGAAGCACUUGGAAAUGUGGCAGAACCAUGCGAUGACGAUAUUACUAUUUGCGCGGAAGAGCGCGCUACGUUUGUUGAGAGGUUUAACACAUAUUACUGCCGCGAAGAAGAUGAAUGUUUUGCCCGACCUGCGACGACGAGAGUGGCCAAGACAGGCUUGUUUGACUACUCCUCUUCGUCUUUAGACUCUCUUAACAUACGAGAUCUGGUGAACUCUACAAAAUCCAACGAUUCGGAAGAGGCAUUUUCACGUUCACGUGCUGGAGAUGAGCGGAAUGUUACCACUUCACCAUCUUCAGCAUUCAGUAUGUCCGAUAUAGCGGACGAUGAUACACUGCCUGCCCUGGCACCUAACUCUCAACUCGAAGCUAUUGACUCUCCGACAGACCUACAUGAGAGACACCUGCAGCCGUCGCGGUCAAUGUUCGUGUCAAAAGAGGAUGCUCAGGCUUUCUUGCGGAGCUGUCGUGUUGACAUGCAGAGGGACCCGGAUGUUCAUGUACUCAUCCUCAAUCCCGCCAGUAGAGCUUCUGGCCCAAAUGAUCGUGCAAGUAUGCCUACCAGCCAAGCUAGCUCGUUCUCCAUGGAACCUGAGAGUACGCAGAAUGAGCCCCCAUGCUCAUCGAAGCGGUCAUCGGCGAUGGCAUAUCGACCUGUUCUGUCGUCGCCUCUUGCAUCAGACUCGGAAGGUUGUAGAUCUCCGCGAUCGAAAUCGUUCUCUCGUCCAGAAUGUUCAAAGUCACCCAGCAUCGUAUGCGACAACAAUUCUGCGAGCGAGCUGCUUGUUGAUGUUUUGAGGCGUUCAUAUAUAAACAGAAUAUUUACAAAGACAUACAGCGACUUGCAGCGGCUGAUUGACGACGAUGACCUUUUCCACCAUGAUGAAGUACCUCGACCGGAGUCUCCGUUAUUCUUCGAAUUUGAAGUGAACCCGUCGUUCUUUGGACCUGAAGUGAUUGAUGCACUCUCAAACAAUAUUGAAGCUAAAUCAUUUUAUGUCGAUGAUGACAGUGUCGAACCGAUGGAGAUAGCUUCUACGUCGUGGCUUGCAGAAACCACGAUGGUUGACGCGACGCUGGAUAGCACAACGCCAGCAUUCGCUCAGUCAAAUUCCGUGCUCUGUAAAGAUACCCAUGCUUUUAGCUACGACUCCGACAUUUCAAGACCGGCGGCUACUCUAUCGGAACGCGUAAUGAGAUCCUCGUCAACUGUCUGUACUCGGUUGCCGGCUCUGGCCGAAGAGAGCGAAGAGGAUACAGACCCCUCUGCUUCACCCACAUUGGCGAUGCCAUCCAAAGUGCGAGAUGAGGGACUCUCUUCUGAGGAAUUGCCAGCUAAGUGUCAUACACUGUCCCCACGACAUAGCGUCAAAAGCAGUUCAUCGUCCGGCAAGACGCUCGGCAAGGCGAUGGGCUCUCCGGCGCGGGGGCAUUCAGUAUCAACGGAAGUCACCCUCCCAAAUCCAAUUGAUAACCUGCCACGCAGUCGUCAAGCUCAAUCAACGACGCCGAUUACUAAAAUAUGCCGCGGGCCACCUGCCGCUGGACCGACCCGACAGAAGAGCGCGACCACGGGUAAGAGGGAACAUUCUGUCAGUAAUUCCCUAUCUACGAAGUCAACCGUUGGUCCCACCAAACCACUUGAAACUUCUCGGGCGAAGCGGAGAAGUCUGUCUGAUAUCUCGAAUCUGGCAAACAAGAGCUCGUCAUCUUCUACUGCUACUAGGCAAUCUUGUUUUCCUGUUUCUCCUUCGAGAACCCCUUCCAAUCCACGUGCACGUAAGUCAUCAAGCGCAACCAACCCUAUCAAAAGCUCUCCCCCACCAUCUCCUCCGCCACGAAUCUCUCCACCGCCUAUUCCGCCACGUCGCCGGCGCUCAAGUACCUUAUUCUCGCCUUCUCCUGCUGUAAGAGAUGCUGCGCUAGCUAUCAAGAAAUCUUAA